CGUGGUCAGGGGGCGUUCCUUUUUGUGAAAAAACGUGUGAUCUUAGAUUGAAUUCGGGCGUAUCGUCACACACUGUAGUCGAGACCGAAACCAUGGUCUCGUGGACUCUGGUCACUGGGUGCGGGCAGGUCACCAAUACGUUUGCACUGGAAAACGGAACAUCGGUGUUGAGCGGCAUGUCGGUGAGAAACGAGUGUAAUGGAACAGCUCGCCCAUCUUCUGGUGACAUCUAUCGGACGUGUCACAAUGGAUCAUGGACGGGUUCUCCACUUAAUUGCUCGAACUGCUCUCCACCAGAAAAUGGAACAAAUACUAUAUUAUAUGCAGAUUGGCUGUAUAUGGAUAGCCAACAAGAAGACUAUGGCGGAGGGAUAGUGCCAGAGGGCGUUACUGCCUCGUAUCGUUGUUUAGAGGGGUAUUUUCUUUCGAGCGGUGAUGCCUGCAGACGUUGCGAAAGAGGGUAUUGGACGGGAAACCCACCCGCUUGUCAUAGAGCCUGCCUGCCACCGGAACCGGGCACAAACGUUGUCAUGAAUAACAUCCUUCAGAAUUUCUCCAUGCUGCUCGAUGGAUGUAAUUCAGCGGUUUGGGUAGGCGGAAGUUAUCCCCAUGAAACGGUUCUUCGUUACCAGUGUAGCCAAGGGCGAGCACAUUCAGCGGGAACAUUGAACAGAACGUGUGAGAAUGGCCUGUGGAGUGGGCAUGCGCCUUCUUGUCAAGUAGAGCCAGGCAUAAGUUCGCCGCCACGGUUUCGGCAGCGGGAUCGCUCCAAUGUGUACCUCAUGACUGUGGAAGGAGUAUGGUACAUCAAAAAUGUAGACGACGUUUCAGACGUGGUGCUCAAGAAAUCCCAGAAUACAAGUGACCCCCCAAUAGAGCCGGGUUGGUUUCACAAUAUCCCUAACUUCGGCUUGGCCUGGGUGUAUGACGCUUCUGUCAGACUAGAAUGCAUCCCAGGUACUUGUAUCCAUACGUAUGAGUAUCCUGGGAGGCCCAGGGUUGUAUCAAACGGGACCACCACUGAAUAUUCCUGCCUUCCUGGGUAUCAUCUGUUUGGUGGGAACACAAUCAACACGUGCUUAGGAGGGGAAUUUACAGGGACAACUCCGGUUUGUAAAGAAUGCUGCAGUGCCCCGAGGAAUGUGACCACAUCGUCUUUGGCUCUCGUCAAUACUGCCGUACCUGCAGGUAUGGGUUGUAUGCCUAAUACAGAUACCUCUAUGGCCAGUGGAACACUUUAUCCAUCUGGUUCGAUGGCAAUAUACACGUGUUGGCCAGGUUUGGUCCUGCAAGAAGGAAACUCCAGCAGGACCUGUCACAAUGGUACCUGGUCAGGAGCAGAAGCAGUUUGUGGUGUGCCUCGCUGCUCAUUACUUCCGCUAGUGGAGCACGCAAAUUUGACAGUGUUCCGGCCUAUCCAUGACGAUGACAACAGCACCGAUUUCUUCAUAAACGGAACCGAGGCUCACUAUUCCUGCCACACUGGGUAUUACCGCACCAGCGGAAAUACCUAUAGGAAGUGUGAAAAUGGCUAUUGGACAGGGAUAUCACCCACGUGCAGCGAUCGCUGUGUUAUCCCACCUCCUGGGAAGAAUGUAGAGUACGAAUACGACGAGUCUCCUAUAAACGGGAGCGUCCCCAUCGACACUACAGCUUAUGGCACCUGUCUACCUGGCCAUAAUCUUGACUCUGGGCAGUUGUGUCGCAAAUGUGAGGCGGCCUCAUGGUCAGGGGCGCGGCCGAUCUGUGCAAGGCACUGCGGCGCUUUGGGUCCUGUACCCCACGCUAACUUGUGGUUUGUUAGUCCUUUUGGCCGGUUUACCUGCGGCAGCAGCUUUAAUCAAAGACCAGACAACGGCGAACAUCUAAGCGGGACCCAAGUAACGUACACAUGCCAAGAUGGUUACACAUAUCAAAACGGGUCUCUUACUAGGACCUGUUACAAUGGCGCGUGGUCAGGAACACCGCUUGAAUGUAGAGGUGAACCGCCACCAGCAACCACCACUGAUACUGGGGCAAACACGUCAACGUCGGAUCACACCUUGGUAACCACGCCACUUACGGACCAAGCCUCGGCAAUUACAACAACAUCAACAUCAGCUUUGGAAACCACACCCGUAUCACUGAGCUCUACAUUAUCCACACAAAACAUAUCAACGGAUCCCAGGACACAAACCGGUGGUCGAACAACAGGCACAAAUCUGGCAUUAACAUCAGACGUCCAGACAACUGAACAUGUCACUGUCACUCUUCCACCUAAUUGUUUACUGUCUCAUCUCGGGGGUAAUGAGAUAGUAAUACAGGGUGUGACACACGGAAAUGCUGCGAACGUAGUUGACAUAAUUUACACGUGCAAUACAGGCUUUCGGUUCCCGGACCUGUCAGCGCAGAAAACGAGCAAAUGCUUCAACGGUGAUUGGCUGAACAAUGUGCCCUGUGAGGUUGUGACUUGCCCGGUUCUGGCCGUCCCUCAGUAUGCAAGUAUCGAUAACAGUAACGUAACAUAUAGGUCCAUGGUAAAGAUAACAUGUCAGCUAGGAUACUGGUUUGAUGAUGGUUUCAAUGAACUGAUUACCACAUGUACUCAGAAUGGGAGCUGGAACAUUACCAAUGUGCCUCUGUGUAAAAUUGCGGUGUGCCCUCCUCCUUUAGAAAAAGUAACGAGCCAACUAGUGACGAAUAACUUUACUACAUACGUGUACAAUAUGACUGUGGAUUACAUUUGUGUAAACGACAGCUUCUUCGUAGAUAGCAGCACUGUCCGAAGAUCACGUUGCAAUGCUUAUGGAAUGUGGUCUCUUAAGUAUAUACCAGAUUGUUCAAUGUGA